AUGGUGCGAUCGCCAACUCCUAGCAUACCGUUGCGUAUGGCUGGCGGUCAUCCCCUUCCCGCCAACGGAAUGCGACCACCUCCCUCUCCGAGUUAUGGAUCGGCUCCGUAUAGCUUCAAGUUGCGGGUCCCUCCUCGCCUUUGCCCUACCGGACAGGUUGCUUCCCCUCCAGCAACCAACUCAUGCGGUGAUCAAUCGGCGCGCUAUCAAUCACAUAGUCCUUUUCCUCGUCCUUCAAUCUCAGAAGUCCAUCAUACGUCCUCGAGGGCUGGUCGCGCCCCUUCCAGACCCCAUAGAGACUAUCAUCCGAAUCGCCAGUUUGAAACAGACAUCCCUGACUGGGCUCUACGCGAGAUUCAGAACCCAAAGACUCGGACCAAGGCACCUUCAUCAGCCCACUACAAACAGAAUAACCACCGCCACCACGACCAUAGCCAUAGACAUACACCCUCGUGCUCAAGAUCCUAUAGACCUUGCCACGACAUCGACCACCAGAUUGAGGAUCCUGUGCCCAUGUAUGGUGUGGCUCUUGUCGACGACAGAGGCGGUGUUGAAUUCUUGGCCACGGACAGGAUGGACGACUGGUUGGCGAACCUUGGAGACGACGACUUCACAAUCUUUGAGGACCCUUUGGAACACGGACUAGAGCAAAACGACACGGAAAUGAACGGGGCCGAACCCCAUACUGAUGAAUCCGGGCUGGCGCCCACUGUCGUUCGUUAUGCGAUGAUGGAGAUAGAAGACGGCGACGAUUCGGACAAGGAAAACCAAAACGACGCCCCGAAGUAUCGCCGCAUUCGCAAGCCCACCCCUAUCAAGCCUGCUAUCCUGAGACAGAUUGAUCCGAAUAAGAUCGAGACCGAGAUUGUGAAGGAGGAGGAUGCGAAGACCAUCUGGCCGGGUGUGGAGGACUCCAUGCUUAGCGUUCCCAAGCGGAGGAGCAUCAAGCGUCAAGUUGACUCACAAGCCGACACGCUGGAGCGGCCUGCUUCCAAGCGCAGCAAGCUUACCAACACUCUCAAGCGUGGUCUGUCGAAGAUGAGCCUGAGGAGCAUCAGAAGCAGCCGUGCUUCUAAGCGAGCAAGUACUCCUGCUCCGUCUGUCGGCACUCGUGAGGUGUUUAGCCGACUGAGCUCUUUCUCGUGGAUGCCUGGUUCCGAUAAGCUGCGAUCUGUCUCGGGCUCUUCUGGACCGGAGAGGAAGAUCAAAAUCUGCCUGGUUGGCGAUGUUAACGCGGGCAAGACAGCUUUGGCGAACCGUCUCAUUUCUGGGGAGUUCGUUGAGGAAAAGAAGUCGGACGUCUCUCCUCAGCACUCGCCAAUUACCGACCACCAGAUCCCAACUGCUCCCUCGUCCCAUGCUACGGACUAUCGCACCUUCUCCAUCUUUGCUGACGACGGAAAGCUCGUCACUAUCGAGCUCUGGGACUUCCCAGGCAACAUUGCUAAUGAGCGGACCACCCAGCUGGCAUCCAACUUUUUCCAAGCUGCCAUUAUCUGCUACAGCAUCGAGGACGUUAAGAAUCUUCCCGCUAUUUGUGAUACGUGGAAACCCAAACUCGACCGCUCCCUCAUCGACUGCCCUCGCUUCCUGCUAGGCCUCAAGAAAGAUCUCCGCCCAGCCUUCCCUCCCCUGGGCCUCAGCUUCCUGCCUCGCAAGGAGCCUGUCAUGGCCGACAUGGGUCGCAGCGCAGCCUACCACUCCCGCGUUGCCGGCUAUGGCGAGUGCUCGGCCAAGACGGGCGAGAACGUCGACGAUGCGUUCCGGGGUAUUGUCAACUUUACCUUGAGCCAUAUGAGAAAGAAGGAGAUAGGUAUUGCCCAUGGAAAGCGCAGGGAGAAGGCCAAGGAGACGGUCAAGGAUGCGGGUAAGGUCAUGGUUGAUGCGUUGUGCGGAUUCCCCAAUGACCCGACUCCGGGCCGCGCGUGGAGCCGUCACUUGUAG